UCUCUCUUCACUUUCUCUCUCUAGAACUUUUAAUGGCGAAUGAUGCCACCACCACAGCUUAAAGUUUCCAUCACAGUCUUAUGCUUCUUCUUCAACCAACUAGAAAGUUAGGGUUUCAACUUCACUUUUCUGCUGGUGCUGUUUUUUGCCAGUUUUUCAAGCAAUUUAUGGUCCGCACGGAGCCAAUUUUCGCUUGCUUGUUUUGAUGCGGUUGACGACGGAGUCACGAUUUUCUGGAUUGAAUUUUCAGCGCGCCAAUGGUUAUGGUUUCUGUCUGUGAUCUGAGGAUUCGAUUCCGUAACUGACGAUUUGGAAGCUUACUGUCAAGUAAAUAGAAAUAUAUAACUCAUUAGGUUUGUAGCUGGUGCACGAUUCUGAUAAAGAGGCCUAUACUCUUGAGAAUUCGAAUCUGUAACUGAUGAUUUGGAAGCUUGCUGUCGAGUAAAUAGAACUAUAUAGCGCAUUAGAUUUGUAGCUAUUACACGACUCUGACAGAGAGGGUUAAGAUCGAUGGAAUCCGCUAAGCGUUGGUUUGGGAAAUUCCGACCAAAAGAGAAACAUAAGACUUCAAACAAGAAGACGGAACCCACACCAUACGGGAAAGAAGGUUCAAAAACACCAUUGAAUGAUGAAACUCCUUCAAAUGCUACUCAGCAGAAAGUAGCUGCUGCGAAGCAAUAUAUCGAAAAACACUACAAGGAGCAGAUGAAGAGUCUGGAGGAACGGAGAGAGCGGCGUAAUGUACUGGAGAGAAAGCUGGCUGAUGCUGAAGUAACUGAAGAAGAACAAAACAACCUUUUGAAACAUCUUGAGAAAAAGGAAACAGAAUACAUGCGCCUUCAAAGGCAUAAAAUGGGUGCGGAUGAUUUUGAGCCAUUAACAAUGAUAGGAAAGGGUGCUUUUGGGGAGGUUAGAUUAUGCCGGGAGAAAUCAACUGGCCAUGUAUAUGCCAUGAAAAAGCUUAAGAAAUCAGAAAUGCUUCGUAGGGGUCAGGUGGAACAUGUUAAAGCAGAAAGGAACCUACUUGCAGAAGUUGACAGCAAUUGCAUUGUCAAGCUUUAUUGUUCUUUCCAAGAUGAAGAGUAUCUAUACCUAAUAAUGGAAUACCUGCCUGGUGGUGACAUGAUGACUCUGCUGAUGCGUAAAGACAUAUUAACAGAAGAUGAAGCCAGAUUUUAUGUUGGGGAAACAGUACUCGCAAUUGAGUCUAUUCACAAGCAUAAUUAUGUUCAUAGAGAUAUCAAGCCUGAUAACUUACUUCUUGACCGACAUGGGCACAUGAAGCUGUCAGAUUUUGGAUUAUGUAAACCUCUAGAUUGCAGUAAUAUACAAGAAAAGGAUUUUACUGUAGGAAAUAACUACAGUGGAUCUCUUCAAAGUGAUGGCCGCCCUGCAGCACCAAAGCGCACUCAACAAGAGCAACUACAACACUGGCAGAGGAAUAGGAGGAUGCUGGCUUAUUCAACUGUUGGCACGCCUGAUUAUAUUGCUCCAGAAGUUCUGCUUAAGAAAGGAUAUGGAAUGGAAUGUGAUUGGUGGUCCCUUGGUGCUAUCAUGUAUGAGAUGCUGGUAGGAUAUCCACCAUUUUAUUCAGAUGAGCCAAUGUCAACAUGCAGAAAGAUUGUGAACUGGAGAACUCAUCUUAAGUUCCCUGAAGAGGCAAAGAUAUCACCAGAAGCAAAGGAUCUUAUAUGUAAACUGUUAUGUAAUGUAGAGAAAAGGCUUGGGACAAGGGGAGCUGAUGAAAUAAAGGCUCACCGAUGGUUCAAGGGCAUUGAGUGGGACAAGUUAUAUGAAAUGAAAGCUGCAUUCAUUCCAGAAGUUAAUGGUGAACUGGACACUCAAAACUUUGAGAAGUUUGACGAGUCUGAUAAUCAAGUCACAUCAAGCACAAAAUCAGGUCCCUGGAGGAAGAUGCUGCCUUCCAAGGAUGUAAACUUCAUGGGCUAUACUUACAAAAACUUCGAAAUUGUGAAUGAACACGAGGUUCCUGGCGUAGCCGAACUGAGGAAGAAGAGCACCAAACCCAAAAGACCUACCGUCAAAUCCCUAUUCAAUGAGGAGUCAUAUUCGGAAUCCAAUCAAUCUGCACUGGGAAGCUUUCUAAAUUUGUUACCUGAGAAUGCAGAGGUCUCAAAACCAGGCGAAUCCUAAUAUUCGACAAAUGUUGAUACAUCUGACGACUACUCUAGCAAAGCUUUAAAAACGAGGUUUACAAUUCGUUUCAAAUGUUAGAAUUUGUUGUGGGGCUGUUUUCAUCUGGUUGUGGUGUGAAGGCAGGUUUCCCCAUGUAUAUGUGAGGCUGUGUAAAUUAUGCCCUUGGUUGUAUAUAGCCUUUUUUUCAUAGAUGAUAUGUGUAAUUUAUAUUUUCACUGUCGUUGGUCAGUGUAAUUGUUGGAUUCGUUGUCGAUUUAGUUGAACAAAUGAAAAUGAGAACAUUGGUGUUGAA